AUGAUCCAUGUACAUAAGUUAUACACGUCGAACGCAAACAACAAGUUAAAUAAGACGAUUAGUAUUGGAACUGUUAAUGACACAGUUAGUAAAGUACAGAAGGUCAAAACUACUAAAAGUGAUUUUUUAGAUCCUCAUGAAAUUUUAAUUGGUUCUUAUUUAAAGAAAAAAUCUGCUUUGAAUAAACAUAUCCAUGCAAAUCCAAACUUUAAUAAGAAACAUUCAAAUGAUAAUGAUCAUAUGAAGUUGAAAUGGUUGAGAUAUCAUGAACAUGUAUAUUGGUGUGUGUUAAGAAGAAACCAAUUUAGUUAUUAUAAAACCGAAGAUGAAAAGGAAGCAGUAGCUGUAAUACCCAGAGAAAAUAUAUUGAACUAUAAGAUUUCGUAUAAUAAUAUUAGCAAUUCACAUUCUUAUAUUUUAUUUCUAUACACAAAAGAUAAAACUUAUACUUUCAAGUUUUUGAGUGUUAAUUCGGAUGAUUCGUCUAUUGUUAAUAAAUGGGCUUUAGCCCUAGAUCAGUUUUUAAAUAACACGGUUUCUGAAAAUGAAGAACUUUCUAAUGAAUAUGGGACUAUUGCUCAAACUACCUCUAACGAACCUGAAAUUGAAGAAGAAGAACAUGAUGAUGAAUAUAAUGAUAUUGUAACAAUAAAUAACAAAACAACAUGUAAAAAUAACGAUGGGACUAAUGAAGGUUUACCAAUAAUGAAAAAUACUAAUACUCAAUUUGAAUCUGAUCCUGAUAAAUCUUUUUUUGAGACUUUCGAUCCAAAUAAUAAAUCACAUAUCAUAUUUACAACAUUAUUAUAUGUUCAUGUAAAAAGUAGAUUUAAUAGGACAAAAUGGAAACAUUUGAAAUGUGAAUUAACUAACCAGUUUUUAAACAUUUAUUCAGUUAAGACGAAUAAAUUAAAGAAAUCAUUUGAUUUAGAUUCCGUUAUAGAUUGCAUUGAAAUUGAUAAUGAUCGAUUUUUAUUUGCAUUGAUCACAUCCGAUGAACGAAUUGAAUUCAAAGCAUUGAAUGAUGAAGAAAUGAUCGAAUGGAUAAUUAAUUUCAAAAGUACUGUAUUAAUUAGAACAAAAUACAAACAACAUUAA